AUGAGUAAAUCCACCUUGUUUGCUGUCUUUCUCAUCCUUAUCCUAGGGAUGAUUGUUAAAGAGAUUCAAGGGUUUGGAUAUUGUCAUAAGUAUUUAUCGGAAACAGAUUGUGGUGCGGGUUCAUGCAACGCUCUGUGCCGACAACAAUUCUUGGAUGGAACUGGCAAGUGCCUUCACUUACGUGACGGACGGCUUGGAUGCCUCUGCUUUUAUUCUUGCGGUUCUUGA